AUGGAUUUAGAUGCGGUGGUGGGCUUAGAAGAGCAGUUAUUAGCGCAGGGCCACGCUGAGGGAUAUCAGGACGGCCUGCGAUUGGGAAGGGAAGAGGGGAGAGAAACGGGCUUGGAGCAUGGGUUCAUGAUAGGGGACGAGCUGGGCUUCAUGUGGGGUUGUGCAGCCGCGUGGAGGCAAGUCAUCCAAUCAACCCCCUCCACACGAUUCUCCCCCAGGGCAACCAAAGCCGUGCAACAGCUGCAGCAACUCAUUUCUGAUUUCCCCAUAACCAACCCCGAACCUACCUUCCUCCUCUCCCUUCAUCCCUUCCCCGUCACUUUUGCCCAAGCUCCCCUUUCUCCUCCUUUCCCUCAUCCUCCCUCUCCCAUCUCGCACCACCGUUCAUGGCCCUCACUCCCUCCCCACCCACCUCUUCCCUAG